AACAUCAAGACAUUCAAAAUCUCUCUCAGUGAACACCAAAGUUUCGUAGUGAGUGAUUGUACAAUCACAAAAUACUCGAUCGUUUUACUGUCUGUGUAAAAGCAUUUCCAGAAACUCCACUCAAUUACCGGCAACGAGCGGCGUCGGCAGAAGACAGGUCAAAUAACUGUACGCGGAAGGUGCGAAACAAGGCGUCUGCGUGUGAAAAGUACAUAAUGUUCACGAAACGGAUCCGUGACUGGUGCAGUCUGUAGCGGGACAAGAUGCGGCUCGCGUUCGCGGCCUUUUUCGCAUGCAGUGCGAUCCUCUCGGCGGAAUCCUCGAGAUGCCCGGAACCGCGGAAACCGCAUCUCACCAGCUGCACGAUUUUCUACAACUGCAUGAACCUACCGGGCGGCGGCUACGUGUGGGUGCCGUCUAGGUGUACCGAGGGCUUGGUGUUUCAACCGUAUUUACGGAUGUGCGUGGUUCCCGGCGAUAUUUGGACGUGCGACACACUUUCCACCGACAGCACCUUCGUGACGGAGAGAUACGAAACGCCGGAGCUGAUCGAUCCGACGGAAACCAGCUAUCUGGGCUACACGCAGGAUCCCCCGGACUUCUCCGAGGCGAUCGACUCGUCUUACGCAAUCAGCGACUUCGUCGAUUCAACGAUCGAGGCGGUCACCGCGCAACCUUUAAUCGAAUUCGAAGACUCAACGCGCGUGAACUCAGGAUUGAGAAACGUAACGUAUCACAAGGAGGAGAAUUAUCUGUACGAGUACAAUAGUCAAAUAACGCAGUCGCCGCUGAUGCAAAAGUACAAGGACAUCAUAGACAGUCAUCAGAAGUGGUUGAACGAUCUGAUAACUCGAUUGCACAUCCACAAGGAACUGUCGGCCGCGAUAUCAGCUUCUUUGUCGGCGUCUGUCGGAAGCGGCACGACCACGAGUCCAAUUCAAACAAUCACGAUAUUCGCGUCGCACAACCGGAAGCAGAACAUAUCGGUGAAUUAUCAAAGUCACUUCGAACCAAAUAACGUUAAGCCGAACGAGAUAGACAACGUCGCAACGACGACUGAUGCCGUUUCGACGGCGAGCACCUUGGACCUGUUAGUUAACAGUCUUGAUCCCGACAACAAUGUAAUAAGGAUCACUGAUAAUCUAGGAAACAGACGAUAUCUCACGAUCAACGAAUACAGAGUCACCGCUCAUCGAUUAUCGUCGCGUACCGUCAGCGUUGUGGCGUGCACGAAGAAUGUUCGUCUACCGAAUAAAACCGAUUGCGACAGAUAUUAUAUGUGCGAUCCGAAAACGGCUUCUGUGACGGAGUAUUCUUGCCCACCGCAUACGGCUUUUAACAUGUACUCGCGGAUCUGCGAUAUCGAAAGCGCGAAAACGUGCGGACGCAAGCUCUCGACGAGUGAAAUAUUCACCGUCGAGCGUGAAGACGCGACGAUGCACAGUGAGGAAUCGUCGGAGGAAAUGUUAUGUAAGGAGCUCGGCAAGAUAAAGGAUCCUGCUUCCGAUUCACAUUACUAUAUUUGUUACAAUGCACCGGGAUCCGAAAAAGUCAAGUCGAUCCGAAUGACAUGUCCGAACGCUCUGAUAUUUUGUCAGAGCAAAAAAGUAUGCACCGUCAGACGACUGUGUGAUGUGUCGUAAUGAAGAGCAAAGCAUGUAUUUUUU